CUUGCAGGAAAACUUUCUUGACUGCUCUCCUUCCUUGACAAAGUUUUUUCCCUCACUCUCACGGCAGGGUGAGGUAUGUAGGGACACGGACCUAAUACCGAGGUAGAUAGAAGCUCGCCUGCUUAUAAGACAGUGUCAUCCAUGACACUGGCGGUAGGAAUCCUAUGCAUGAGUGGGGGAGGGGCGGGAGACUCAGAAAAAUGGUGACCUACCACAACUCAUCAAAAGAAACCCAGUCCAGUCCUGGGGCUACCCAGCAGCCAAGAGAACAGCAACUUUCGCUCCUGGGAGCCAGGUGUCAUAUUGGGGGUAUGUCAGUAGCAUUAAUUGGGGCCAAGGGGACUGCAUGUUUUUGGCUACAUUUGGGGGAACAAAGUUCAGGACUUUGAGGAGUCAGAGCCAGCAAGCCCACCCCUCUCAUUAUCAUCUGGAGGCCCUAUAGCACCAUGGCUUCUUCCACAGCUGUCAGCACAACAUGUAUAAAGUUGGUCCCCUGGCUCCAGUGUCCUAGAAAUGCCAGCACUUUCCCAUCCCUAGUGUCUCCGUUUGAAGCUCAGGCACUAGGUCACUGGAUCUGUGUCGGACAGUCUGCAUCUGCUUUUGGAGAAUUUCUCUGUGGUAUGGACAAAGAGCUAACCGGCCAUAGGCACCUAAGCGUUUCAGGGACUGGGGAGAGACAGGUUCUGUGGUCACAGGGAGGAGUUAGACUCAGUUCCUCAAACCGUGUGGACACUGCUCUUUCCCAUCCAUCCUCUCUGCUACUUCAGAAGGAACGAGGACUCAACAGAGUAAGUUAGAAGUAGAGUUGGGGAUUGAACUCAGACCUUAGAUCCUCCCCUUCCUGCUCCGAGGUUGUUGGAGCCAUUAAAGCCAACCCACGUACAGCUGUGUAUUCAUUCAUCUGUGAACACGUGGAUUGAACACCUACUAUGUGGUACCUGCGCGCCCUAUACCUGGGACUGCAGAGCCGCUGGCGCGGGGAGCGGCUGCGGCGCCACUUCUACUGGCAGAUGCUGUUCGAGAGCGCGGAUGUGAGCAUGCUGCGUCUGCUGGAGACCUUCCUGCGCAGCGCGCCGCAGCUGGUACUGCAGCUCAGCCUGCUGGUCCACCGCGGCCGAGAGCCGGAACUGCUGACGGCUCUCUCCAUCUCUGCCUCCCUUGUGUCCCUGGCCUGGACCCUGGCAUCGUACCAGAAGGUGCUGAGAGACUCAAGAGAUGACAAGCGGCCUCUGUCCUACAAGGGUGCUGUUGUCCAAGUGCUGUGGCACCUGUUCACCAUUGCGGCACGAACCCUGGCCUUUGCCCUCUUUGCCAGUGUCUACAAGCUCUACUUUGGCAUUUUCAUCGUCGCCCACUGGUGCAUCAUGACCUUCUGGGUCAUCCAGGGCGAGACAGACUUCUGCAUGUCCAAGUGGGAGGAGAUCAUCUACAAUAUGGUGGUGGGUAUCAUCUACAUCUUCUGCUGGUUCAAUGUCAAGGAGGGCCGCAGCCGCCGUCGUGUGACCCUCUACUACUGCAUCGUGCUGCUGGAGAACGCAGCGCUCACUGGCUUCUGGUACUCCAGCCGCAAUUUUUCCACUGACUUCUACUCGCUCAUCCUGGUCUGCGUGGUAGCCUCCAGCUUUGCCUUGGGCAUAUUCUUCAUGUGUGUCUAUUACUGUCUCUUGCACCCCAACGGCCCCAUGCUGGGUCCCCAGGCACCUGGCUGCAUCUUCCCUGAAGCCCCAGGGCCUUGUGGCCCUCCAGCUGAUGCCAUCACAAGUCCGCCAAGGUCUCUGCCGAGGACUACAGGCACUGAGCGGGACGGGGUCGCAGUGGGAGGUGAGCGAGCCGGGACCCCUACACUGCCUGUCUUCCAGGUGCGACCCGGUUUGCCUCCCACGCCAGUGGCUCGCCCCUUGCGGACAGAGGGGCCUGUCAUUCGGAUUGACUUGCCUAGGAAAAAGUACCCAGCGUGGGAUGCUCAUUUUAUUGACCGCCGGCUCCGGAAGACCAUUCUGGCACUGGAGUAUUCUUCGCCUGCCACACCCCGGUUGCAGUACAGGAGCAUGGGCACCUCCCAAGAGCUGCUGGAGUAUGAGACCACAGUAUAGACACAGUCUGCCUCCCAAAAGGGACAGGCUUGACUGACCCCACAUUGACCACAGUGUUGAGUCUGGUUUUUCAGGGCCACCAGGCUAAGUGGGAAUAGAUCUUUGGAUCCAAGAAUGGUCCCACCAUUAGGAUCCCUUAGGGGAGAGGGCAACCAACCCUGUGGAGGCUCUAGGCCUCGUUUUAAGCCCUGUGGCCCAUUCUCUAAGUUCCCCUGGACCAGGGCACAGGGCAUCAACUGGUGCUACCCCUCAUGAACUGCCCCAGUCUCUUGGGGAUACCAUAUAAUGCUUGCCAUGGGGGUCUUAACUAUCCCUGGCCUAGAUUCAUCCCACAUCAUCCCUGGUGGGCCUACAAGAAAGAAGGCACUGCCCGGGGCCCAAGUACCCCUCAGGGAGUGUGGGGGAAGGGCUGCCAUGUGGUGGGAGGGGAUCUCUUUGAGAAAGAUGGAGAAAGCUGUGGUGGGUGUAGAAUGAGUUGGGGGAAUCUCUGGACAGGGUUGGCACAGUUCCUGUAGGAAGGGAAACUGGACGGGAGGAGGAUUAGAGCAGAGAGUGGGGGAGGGGACUUGGGGGUCUGACAGCGCAGGUGUUGGGAGGAUAGAGAACCCUGAGGAGUGAGGGCUGACAGCAAUAUGAAGGGUGGGGUGCCUCUGCUUGGGAGGUGCACUUGGGAGGAGCUCUAUUAUGGAUGAAGUCUAGACCCCUCAGGUGAAAGGUCACAAGGUGCCAUUUGUUCUAGAUGUGCAGAUGGGUCGCGCCCUCUAGAGGAAGGUCUUAAGCACAGCAGAUAAAAUGUCCAGGGAGAUUCUGUCCCACUCAACUAUAGAUGAGGCCCUGUAGCCUCACUCUCGCACUGAGAGGACCUGUUGGGAGACAUCUAGAUUCUAGAAUACCUCUUGAUAGCAUGUCUUAUGGAGCUGCUGGUCUUUUAUAAGGACCAAGGACCUGGAGCCCUGAUGCUCUGAUGUGGAAGAGUCUAGCUUCUGCUGUGGGUGGUUGGGGAGGGGUAGCGUGGGUCACCUGGGAUGUUCUAGAAUGGGUGCUCCAGUCUAGAUCUCCUUCUACGUCCCCAGCCCUAUCUUCUCUAAAAGGAAAUUGUCCUCAGGACCCUUGAGACAUUUCUGCUGCCAAGUGGCUCUCAGCUGGAAAAAAAAAAAUAGCUCUGGGGACGUGACAUAAAUUUUGGCUUCCUGCCACCCUGCAGUGAGGUUCUCUGGGGCAAUACCUGGGAGACAAAAUUUGGUUUUGCCUCAAAUCUGCCAAGGCCCCAGGCCUAUGAACUAUUUCCCAUAGUCCAGACAUCCUAGGUUGCACAAAAGACCACUCAUCCUAGCCCAUGUCCCUGGCCUGGGACAGCAGCCAGUCUUAACUGAGAUGCAAGAUGACAAGACUGGGGAGCUAGGAAGUUUUGUGAAAUAGAAGAUGGAGUUCUAGGCAGAUCCUAGAGUCACUCAUCACUCUCUCUCAUGCCAAGUGAGAUGAGCUCACUGAAAGGGGACGGCCUGGGACUUUAGGGACAAGUGCAGAUAGAGCUGGAAGUAUGGCAGACCGUGAGAAUUCUAGACUAUGCAAAUAAGAAGUAUUUAGCCCUCCCUGGCUCAGCUUUUCUUGAAGUUACAGAUAGAAAACUGAAGCUCAGAGUGGCAGCUACUCUCACAAGGUUCCAUCAGUGCUGGUGUGGCAAUGGUUGAUUUGCUGAGGUUACGGGGAGGGUCCCACACUUACAGUAAGUCUAAGAGGGCACACACGAGCACACAUCAUGCCCACGAUACGUGCUAUUGUGCUAUCAUACCACUGCGGGUAGCUACAUCUAUUUACCAGUGCAGAAUGCUUUUUUUUUUCUUCUGCCUCCCAGAGCGAGGCUUCCAGAGUGUCAGGGAGUUCUGGCUAGACCCAGGUCUGCUCUGAGGGAUUCAUCCACUCUCUUUUCCCUCUACCCAGGGCUAGCUUUGGAGACAAACUCCACGGCCAGCUAUACACACGUCACAAUCUGUCAGACAGAGCAUUGAGGAUUAGCUCCAAACCUGAGCCACUUCUUUCUGCAGGGCUCAUGGUGCCAGGAAUUGCCAUCCCAUUAUUUCCCUGACACUCUUCCUCUGCAUGUGGCACCCCAACAAGAGCUAUACACCCAUCCACACAUCAAUAAGGUAACAUCUGGGCUACCCUUGACAAGUUAUUUUAUACCCCUACCCGCUGUGGAUGCCCCAUUCUCCAGCAGCCUAGAAGGAAAGGUUCCCAGUUCCCCGGCUGGUUGCUGCAGGAAGCCAGGGUCCAGGAACCAGGGUGAGCAGAGCUAGGUGUAUGGCUUGAGGCUGCUGGGAAGCCAUGGCCACGUUUUUUCAUUCUAAUCUCACAGAGCUUUUCCCAGGACUGCCUGUGAGAGGAGCUGGGCACCAGGGAAGGUCAUGGUCAGAGGCCCUCACCCUUCUCAUUAUCUGGACAGAGCUCAUCUACCCCUAGUAUUACCCCCCCACACACAUCCCACCCCCAAGCUCAGGACCCCAUCCUUCCUGGCUUGGGGCCUCUCGUUAUUGGCCUGUGUUUUUGCUUCACUAGGGCAGAAGAAUCCGAGUUGGGGAAAGCCCCAUCUCCUUGGAGCUGUUUUUUGGUUCCUUUCUCUGACACAAUCUACCUCAGCUGAUCUCUUUCCCCCGUCACAAGUGGACCCCUGGAGUCCGCCACUCUUGUUCCCAGACCAUAAACCAAACCUGGAUUCUUAGUUCUUCCCUUGAUCCCCAUGAAGUUCUUUCAGUGAGAGAGGACUUUUAGAGCCACAAUCUUAAAAGGAGGGGGCUCAGUGGGCCCCCAAAGUCACUUGUUCUUCAUAUCUAUUAUAUAGGAGAAACAGAGAGAGUCACACAUUUGCCCAAGAUCACACGGCAAGUAAAUGGACCUAUAGGGUUCUCCUGGGCAUCAAUAAAAGUUAGUUCUGUCUUCUUCAGGAGCAGCAGACAAUAGGACAUCUUGGGAACAGAAAUACUAGGCAGGCCCUGGCCUAAUAUCUAAUCCUGUGACCUUCCUUCCCUAACCCUGCCUCCUAUUCCAUGAGCUUCUACCCUCAAACCAACUCUAGCUGCUGGCUGUACACCUCAGACCUCCCCGGGCACCAUACAUCCCCCGCUGCACCUCCUCUCAUCAACGUACCAUGUGCCUUGUAACGGUCACCCCAGCCGGUCACCCCAGCCAACAGCACGGGCCUCCAUCCUCCCCUGCAGGGAAUUUUCUAAAGAUAUGGGCUCAGUCCCUUCCUCCCAUUAUCCCCAAAUCUGCCUUAUUCUCAGCCAGAUCCCUCCUGCACCUGUGUCUCCCUGAAGCUUGUCCCCUCGAGGGCUGGAGAAACUGAGACCCAGGAGGGCAAGACUGAGAAUGUGCAGGCCCCCAGAAGAGAACCAGGGAGCUUGGGACGGUCACCCCCAAACACUCCCCUGAAGCCCGAGGUUCUGCAGGCCCCUCCCCUUGCAGCUUGUCUGGGUUUGGGGUCUAUAAAGGCCUGAGGGUGGGAGGGAGGUUCCUUAGGGCAGGGUACAUGAGCAGAAACUCAGAUGCAGCCAGAAAGGAAAGCGGGGUGGGUGGAGGUUUGAGAAAGCAGAACUGUGGGGACGGGCAGGAGGGUGUUCUGUGCUAAUUAGGCAAUAAAGUUUAGGCUUUGGAAAGCAACCUGCUGGCCACCAGUUUGAGGCUUCUAGUCUAUCUGUCCCUUCAGAGAUAUCAGAAGUCUCUAGAACUUGGUUGUAUCUGACCCUAGAUGUCACCCUAGUUUCCAGCAUCUAAUUUCCAGGACCUAGUUUCCAGGUCGGCUGCUUAGGAUCUGGAGUCUUUUCUAGUUUGGGGGCUCCUGAUUCAGAGGGAUUCUCUCCAAGUAGAGGGAGAGUCUAGGCACAGAUUUCUAACUUAAUGACAAGAGCCCUGAUCCCAUCCUCUGCUGCCUCACAACUCUUUGUCAUCUGUCUCCUUCCCAGACUGAGCCAGAUGAGGCUGCAGGUAGGGAGCUGAAAUCUCUAGGACAAGUUUUCUGUGGUGUCACAGUGGAAGGAUCGAGUGAGUGCCAAGUCCCACAGGAAGCAUUGGGGUAGGGGCCUGGGUCCCCUUUCCAGUCAAGGACACUUCUGAGGCUUAGGGAAACAGGACACAUGUGCCAUUCUGGUUGGGACCCUGAGUACUUGGUUGCCACCAGUAGACGCGGGAGAGGAAGACCCGCAUCAGGAUACUGCAAGAGCUGGGUCUGAUUCCUGCAAGUAGAAUCCCCAGGGCACAGAAGUGCUCCCACACUCAGUCCCUUCCACUGUAACCUCACACCGAGGCCACCCCCUGCUCAGCAUCUCUGGCCUUUUCUAUGCACAGCUCUCUAAGAGUCCCCAGGCCAGGAUGGAUGGCAGAAGCUCAGGAUACCUGCAAUAAAGUUAAAGUGGAGGGGGCCUUGGGAACAAAGAUGGGGAGAGGAUAGCCACAAAAGCGGGGAGGAUGUUCCUCUUCAUCCAGACAGGCCUAAGAGGACUCCUCCCCUGCCCCUCUUUUGUCCCCUUCCCAAACCAGACAUAAGAAAGGGUCCGAAUAUCCCCGGAGCCCUCAGGAUUCCCUGAGGAUUUUGUGGCUUGAGAAGUUUUUUCCCCUCCCCUAACAAAAAAGGCCAUCUUAAUAAAGCAUUAACACCACCUCAGAUUAGCAAGCUGAGUGGACACAGAUGCAUCCUAGAGAGGACUCAUGUCAGCUCCCAGGACUCAAGUGUGAAGGACUUUUGCAUUCUGUAUUGGAUGGCUCAAUGCUUUGCCACAGCAGACCCUUGGGCGGGGUCUGGAACCCCCAAAUUUGGCAUCGGUGGCUUACUAACCAGUUACUUCUUAGUUUACAGAAGGGGCAGGCCCAGAGAUGGGAGGCAACCUGCCCAAGCUCACACAGCAAGCUGGUGGUAAUCUAGGACUCCAGCCAAGGUCCCUUGGGAGGGGGAUCCCACCAGAAUACCUUCACCUCUGAUACCUGCCACGUGUCCACAGGAACCACUAGCCAUGCCUAAGGGCCCGAUUUCCUUGUCAGCACAACUCCAGGUGACUCUUCCCCAUGUUCUCCUUCUCCUCUGUGAUCAGUCCAAACUUCUGCCCGCUUCUUAGCCUACUCCUAGGCCCACUCCCUGGUAUUUACUACAUCUGUGCCAUUCCCAGCCCCGCAGCCCCACAGCCCCGCAGCCCAACUUGCCCUUUCGAGCUUUCCCUGGGCAGGGGAGGGGCGGCGCUGGGGCUUCUGUACUGAAACUUUUGUACACCACAGACUUUUUGUAUAUUUUUAAUUUUGCUGCGACAUGAGAUAUUAAAAGUCAUUUCAGUACAUUC